CAUUGCGAGAGAGAAAAAAAAAGUGUAAAAUGGCGAGACGCACGCAACGACUCACCUCUUAAUUUUUUUUUUCUAAUUAGAUAAAUGACAAAAUUUCUAGUGAUUAAAAUCAUUGGCAGUAGACAAUAUGUGAGUGCAACUGUUGAGUUAAUGCGCCAGACGAUAUAAUAAGAGCCUGUCACGUGUGGGAAGUGCGAUAAAACUGGCGAACAAGGAGAAUGUGAUAUCGUUGGACCGAGUACAAUUGAUGUCGUCAGACGACUCUUCCUCUCGUCUCGAUGAGAGAGAGCAUCGGACGGACAAUUUUUUUUUUCAUUUUCUCGGUCAUUGUUGACUCGAUGACAAAGACACUUUUUUCACAGUCUCUUUCUUCGGUUUGCUAACGAUAGGAACGUGACGGAGACCCAAAAAAAGUAUCUGAGUCAAGCAUCACUCACUACUCUAGUAUCUCAGGAUAUUCAGCCACUAGCAAAAUAAGAAAAUAAACCAAAACCGUUGUCAUCACCUCGUCUUCUCCACAAAUGACCUGCAUUUUACGUGUGUUGGAGUGCAAGUGUUAAAACGUAGAUUGGUAAUCAAGGUUGAAAGUGAAAAUGAUUGUCGAAAUAAAAUGAAAGAAUGAAACGUGACACUGUCAUUACCUGCGUGGAGCCAAACCGCAGAACCAGAACGAUGACGACGGUAUUGGAUGGUAGUUACCAGCAGCUCGAUCCUUUCUCGGAGGCGGAAGGCGGUGGAGACGAUGAAGAGCGUGAAGAAACACCCCACGAAUCUGGUGUCAUGAUCCACGUGGUCCCUGAGGGUGGAAAGGCCCGAUGGAAUCACAUCGAGGAUCUCGACUCAUUCUUCACGCGAAUGUACCAUUAUCAUCAAAAGCAUGGUUUCUGCUGCAUGAUGCUGCAGGAGGUCCUCGAGCUUGGACAGUUUAUUUUCGUGGUCACAUUCUCGACCUUCCUUUUCCACUGCAUAGAUUAUUCGGUUUUAUUCAAGGAUAAAUUAGUAGACAAUAAUUCGCACAAAACGUCAAUAUGGGAUGCAAUUCUCACCCAAGAGGAGAUCCUGGCAUCGAUGGGCCUCGUCACCUGGAUGUGCAUCCUAGUCGCUGCGGUUUUCUGGAUCUUGCGUGUUGUCAAAGUUCUCUAUCACUUAACUCAAUUCUGGGACAUAAAAAUGUUCUUCAACAUUGCCCUGAAAAUUGACGACAGCGAUCUAGACAAUCUCACCUGGCACGAAAUACAAAAACGCGUGAGGGAGGUACAGAAGGAGCAGGAGAUGUGCAUUCACAAGAGGGAGCUGACAGAAUUGGAUAUUUAUCACCGAAUACUGAGAUUCAAAAAUUACAUGGUUGCUAUGAUUAAUAAAUCACUAUUGCCAGUUAGACUGAAAAUACCUCUGAUUGGCGAAGUUAUUUUUAUGACGAGAGUUUUGAAAUAUAAUAUGGAGUUGCUGUUGUUCUGGGGACCAUGGUCACCUUUUGAGAACAAUUGGCACCUGAAAGAGGACUACAAGAAGCUGAAUAAACGUCAAGAGCUGGCAAGAGCCCUCUCCAAGCACAUUCUCUGGGUGGGGAUAGCCAAUCUCGUUCUCUGUCCUGUGAUCGUUCUCUGGCAAAUAUUAUAUUCGUUCUUCAAUUAUGGUGAGUUAAUUAAAAGGGAGCCGGGUACCCUGGGCACCCGCAUGUGGUCUCUCUACGGUCGUCUCUACCUGCGUCACUUCAACGAGCUGGACCACGAGCUGAACGCCCGCCUGAACCGGGCCUACAGGCCGGCCUCAAAGUACAUGAGUAUAUUCACUUCUCCGGUGAUGACAGUCAUCGCCAAAAACGUGGCCUUCGUAGCAGGGAGUAUCCUGGCUGUUCUGCUAAUCCUCACGGUCUACGACGAAGAUGUGCUGACAGUGGAGCAUGUUCUGACGAUGAUGACGUGCCUGGGAGCCCUGGUGGCAACGGCCAGAGCUUUCAUUCCCGACGAGAAUCUCGUCUGGUGUCCGGAGACCCUCCUCACAGCCGUCCUGGCCCACACGCAUUAUCGCCCCGAUAGCUGGAAAGGUCAUGCCCAUACCCAAUCGACGAGAUCACAAGUAGCUCAGCUGUUCCAGUACAGGGCUGUCCAUCUCGUCGAGGAGCUCCUCUCGCCCCUGUUCACGCCAUUUAUACUGUGCUUCCACAUGCGCCAGCGCGCCCUGGACAUCGUCGACUUCUACCGGAAUUUCACCAUUGAGGUCACGGGAGUGGGCGAUGUCUGCAGUUUUGCUCAAAUGGAUGUUAAGAAACAUGGAAAUCCCAUGUGGCAGACACUGCCUGUUACUCCAGGGGAUGAUAAGACCGAUGGGUACGACGAUAAUUACGGGGGAAUCCCACCGCCAGUGUCAAACCAGUACACCCAGGCUGAGGAUGGGAAAACCGAACUCUCCCUUAUCCAUUUCACGCUGACAAAUCCAGAGUGGAAGCCCCCAAGUCACGCGGAAAAUUUUGUUACUGCCCUGAGGGAGAGGGCCAAGAAGGAGGUCACUGUACUCCCCAGUGAGGUAAUCAACCCCUUGAUGAGCAGUUUGAACAGUCUGUCGAGUUUGGGCCCUGGGUACAACGACAUCGUUGCCAACAUCAUCAGGGGCUCUGUUGUGAAUAAUCUGAGCAUGCAGGGACCCAGUCAGGUGUUUGGGCAACCUACCACCUCUGGCUACGAGAGGGAGGGCGGCGGGGGGAGGGAUGAGGAGGUGGUGAGGAGAGGUGUGAGCAAAGCCGAGGGGCCCAUGCACUGUGAGAGGGGAUUGUUGUACGAAUUGCAACAGGGAAUUUCUAAUCAGUCUCUGGGGGCCUCGGUGUUCGGAUCCGGACAGGAAUUAGCGGCUGAUCUCUCGGUUCCUGUGGAACUCACUGCGGCGGACAUGUCGCUAUCUACUUUGUACCUGCAUGAACUGCAUCACAGACAAGUGAGAAGGCGAGGCUACCACGAAAUGGCAACAAGAAGUAUAUGGCAGCGUAGUCCCGUGCAAGAAUUAGCAACUCUCCCCGAAGUGCGCCAGGAGCGUGCACCUCUCCUGCGACACCAGGAUUCAUCGAUAAGAAUCCCCAGGAACUCCUAGCACACGACAACUUUUGUCUAGCUAUCGAUUUAGCUAAAGUUUGUGCAAUUGUCAUGACCAUACAUCACGUAAAUAAUAAAAUAUUUUCAUUAUUUUAGUUACAAGAAAAUUUAAGAGGGACAAAGUUCAGUCGUCCUCACGACAAUCACGAUGGAUUAACAUUUUUUACAUGUACGUGAUGCAUCGACCCAAGCGAGCCUACAUAUUUUAACUUCAUGCUGAGUUUGUAAAGUUUAAGGCGCUGGAAUGUCCCUCUGCAUUGGAAAAUUUUUCCCUUUUAUCCUGUCACACAGACACAAAGUAAUUUUAAUGGUUCUCAACAACGCAGUGCAAUUCAUUUUAUUGGCAUUCUUUUUCUCAAUAUAUUAAUCAAAAUUGAAAAGUCUCGCGUGACAGCUUUUCAAGGUUUUUUUUAUUCCCUUGUCGCAUCCAGUUAAUCACAUAAAAAUGAGGUUUAGCCCCGAAGUGAUGAUUCAGUGAGCCCUAGCAAGAUAUAAUUACCUAGUUAAACAAUUAAACAUGGGAAUAACUGUUAAAAGGAAGAGAAUGAGCAAUCACAUGCAAUAUUAGAUAUCUGAUUCAUCGAGUGAAGAAAAUCAACAGCCCCAUUGUUCUAGUCAUGCCUUCCUGAAUAGUUCGCUUUAAGGAUGAAGGUUGAUUAAUUUAUUUUCAAUAGCAGCUGCCUGAAAGUAAUGUUUGUAAUAGAGGGAUUGAUCAAAGCGCAUUGGAACUGUAAAUAUUCAUUGAAUGGAUUUAAGAAAGAUUUAUACGUGAAUCGAAUUUAUUUAGAGUUAUAAUUGACAUUUCUAGAUAAUCAAAUGUCGAAUAUAGGGAUGAAAAAUGACAGCUGGUUGUUUAUUGUUUUUUAGUUCAAUUUCUUAUACUCAACUUAUCGACUGAUUGUCUGCUGAUCUUAAUUUUCGAGUCUCCCUUUCAUUUUAAUUUCUCACGCUCUCUUCUUCGGAUGAUACAAGUUGAUAGGAAUUAUUGUAAGGUGAAAUGUACUUGAUUAAGACAAAUACAUAAUUUUCAUAAUAAUUAUUAAAAA